AUGGGUAUCGUCCAAGAAACUCACAACGUCCGGGUCCUUGGGUCGGGUCAGCAGACCGUCGUCCUGGCGCACGGGUUCGGUACCGACCAGUCAGUGUGGAAGCACCUGGUGCCGCACCUGGUGGACGAGUACCGGGUCGUCCUGUACGACAAUAUGGGCGCCGGCACAACCAACCCCGAUUACUUUGACUUCGACAGGUAUUCCACCCUCGAAGGCUAUGCAUGUGACGUCAUCGCCAUCUUGGAGGAGCUUCAGUUGAGUUCCUGCAUAUACGUCGGCCAUUCGGUCUCGGCCAUGAUCGGCGUCAUUGCCUCCAUUUCCCGGCCGGACCUUUUCACCAAGCUCAUCACCAUAUCUGCUUCUCCUAGGUACCUAAACGACCCGGACUACAUGGGGGGUUUCGACCCGGACGAUCUGAACCAGUUGUUCGAUGCCAUUAAGGCGAACUACAAGUCGUGGUGCUCGGGUUUCGCCCCGCUGUGCGUGGGGGCCGACAUGGACUCGGUGGCGGUCCAAGAGUUCAGCCGCACCCUCUUCAACAUGAGACCCGACAUUGCCCUAAGUGUCCUCCAGACCAUAUUCUACAGCGAUGUUCGGCCCCUACUUGCCCAUGUCACCGUCCCUUGCCACAUCAUCCAGAGCAUGAAGGACAUGGCCGUGCCAGUGGUCGUGGCCGAGUACCUCCACCAGAGCCUUGGGGGAGAGUCGAUUGUCGAGGUCAUGGCCACCGAGGGUCACCUGCCGCAGCUCAGCUCGCCCGACGUUAUUGUCCCCGUCCUGCUUAGGCAUAUCCGUUUUGGCAUAGCCCGGGCGUGA